ACCGAUAUUGCAAAUAAUGAUUUGGAGGUUGAAUUAUCUGUAUCUGUUGCUAGAAAAAAGGUUUUCUCAGGUGUACCAGUAUUUACCACAUCAGCAGUUAAAAAAUCACUGGAAGAAGUAAGACUUUGGGAAACUUUUUUGAGAAAUUGA